AUGUCGUCGCAGAACUUUUACCUCCUCGGAGAUGCUAUCACAACAUCUCGUCCAGUUGCCAUCGACAGCAACUGGAAGUUUGAGGACCUCAAAAGGGCGGUUGCUCUGGAGUUCCAUGUCGCGCAACCAUCUGGCAUCAGCUUCCACUCCGGAGACGUCCAACUGGAAACUAUCAAGGAUGUCCUAUCCGCCCCAAGCCCCGUCUCCAUCAAAAUCGACAAUCGUCCUGUGCAAGAUCCCCAAGGCCCCCAAGGCCUUCCCGUAGUAGGCAGCUUCUACGAAAUCUUCCCCGACCACCUCGGAAACCACUACCGCCUGUUCCGCAAGUACGGCCCCGUCAUCAAGACCACCAACAUGGGCAAGACCACCUACCUCACCGACGACCCGGACGUCGCCCAAGUAUCCCUCAUCGAAUCUACCUACUUCACCAAGAAGAUCACCCCAAAUCACCCACUUUGGGGAAUUAAAGACAAUACCGCAAUUUUCAUCGGCGACACGGAGACGGACAACUGGCGCCAGGCACACAAGUUCUUGCCCCCCGCCAUGGGUCCCAAGGCUGUUAAGCAUUAUACGCCACUGAUGCAGGAGUGUGGGCGCAAGUCUUUCGCCGUGUUCGAUGAGCUCAGCAAUAAGGGCGAGUCGUGGAAUGUGUAUCAGUUCAUGGUCAAGUUGGCGUCGCAGGCCAUCGGUCGCUUCGCUCUCGGUAUGGACUUUGGUCACUUUAACAGCGUCGAUGCUCCAAUCCAUCCCCUCGUUACAAACAUCGUGACUCUUUUGGCCCUGAACAAGAAGGUUACGACUCGUGGGGAGUGGUAUCGCAACCUCCCCUUUGGCGACUCGGCGCGCCUGAAGCAGGUACAAAAGGCAACCUACCACCAGCUCGAAGAGGCAAUGGAAGGAGCUCCCAAGGCUGGCAUCGAGAACCUCCCCCUCAAUGACGCCGCCGUCAAAGCCGCCUGCGUCGCCGACUACCUCGUCAACGCCGUGGACGAAAAAGGAGAGCACUUCCCCAAGGGACUCGUGCUCGGGAAUAUGCUCAUCGUCACCGGCGCCGGCUACACCACCACAUCGGCCCUCAUGUCGUGGCUCAUCUACUCUAUCGUCACGUACCCCGGCAUCCAGGAUAAGCUCCUCCAAGAGCUCAUCGACUACGGAAUCGGCCCGGGAACUGAGUGGUCUCCCGAGCUUGCGCACGGCCUCCCCUACCUGGAGAAGUUCGUCAAGGAAACCCAACGUCUCCACAACGCCUCCUUCCAGCCCGGUCGAACCACCAAGUCUGAGGUCAUCGUGCCAGGAGGCUACCGUCUACCCGCCGACGCCGUUAUCGUCCCUGCCCUCUACGCCAUCCACACCAACCCGGACAUCUGGCGUGACCCCUUCCGCUUCGACCCGGACAGGUGGGAUACCGAGGAGGUGAAGAACAGGCACCGAUGCGCGUACGUGCCCUUCGCCACGGGUUCUCGUGGCUGCAUCGGCUUCAACUUUGCCCUGCUCGAGGUUAAGAUUUUGAUGUCGGAGCUUGUUUACCGGUACGAGUUCGCGAGGGAGGGUCUCGAGGCCAUCGAGUAUGACCCCGAGUUCCAGCUUAUUCGCCCUCUCAACUUUUAUGUGACUGCUAAGAGGCGGACGCAGUGGCCGUCCAAGUCGGCGUGA